CUUCCUGGGUGUGUCUCUGUAAAAAGCAGCAGGUUCUGCCUCGCUUCAGUCUCCGUGUCUCUGCUGAAACACUCGAACCGUCCGGAUGGAUCUGUUCGCCUCCCGGUCUCUGCUGCUGCUGCUCUCUCUGCUCGGACGCUGCUCCGCAGCGGACAUCCUCCCUGAGGGUCCCGUCAGCGCGAUCUUAGGGAAGAAUGUGACCCUGAAGACUCUGCUCACGAACCCGACCUACGACUACAUCAUCUGGAACUUCAGUGACGGAACCGAUCAGACCGCUGUGGUCACUCUGAGGCCCGGCUCGGUCAAAGUGUCCGAGACGUACGAGGGCAGAGUGUCGGCCGACCCGAAGAACGGCUUCCUGACUCUGACCGGGCUCAGGUCGACGGACAGCGGAGACUACAGCAUGAGCAUCAUCUCACCUGACAUUACCAAGACCGCCGAGAUCCGGCUGCAGGUUCUGGAGCCGGUGUCUGACGUGACCAUCAAGUCCGACCUGCCCGAGGCGAUCGAGUUCAACAGCACCGUGGUUCUGACCUGCUCCGCCAAAGGCUCCUUCCUCAAGUUCAGCUGGCUCAAUGGCACCGCGCCCAUCGUGGCCGACGGCAAGCGGCUCACGCUGAAAGACGCCGAGCUGUCCAGCACGCUCACCAUCACCGGGGUCCUCAGGUCGGACCUGGUCGGUCCGAUCUACUGCAAGGCUGCCAACCAACUGGAGAUGGAGACGAGCGCCGCCUUCAACCUCACCGUCUACUAUGGACCCGACGACGUCGCCAUCACUCCAGCGAACCCUCCCGCGGUCAUCAAAGCCGGAUCCAACUUCAGCCUGUCCUGUUCGGCCCGCUCCGACCCGCCCGCCACCUUCAGCUGGUACCACAACCAGACGGCCAUGGAGGUCGAAGGUCCCGUUCUGACCCUGGAAAAGAUCCAAAAGCUCGGGUUCGGGGAGAAAGCCGGAGAGUACACAUGCAGGGCCAAGAACGCCAAAACCGAGCGCGUGGUCCCGUCUGCUGCCGCCAAGUUCUCCGUGAUGGAUCCCAUCAAAGGCGUUAAAAUGACCGCGCCGACCGCCGUCCUCAUCGCCGGCAACAGCUCAGCCAACCUGAGCUGCCAGGCGGCAGCCGGCAACGUGGAGGCCACCACCUGGCUGAAAGACGGCAGGCAGCUGACCGCCAGUGAGCGCGUGGUGUUCGCCGCCGACAUGAGCUCCGUGAAGAUCAACCCGCUGCAGAAAGAGGACAACGGAGAGUACGUCUGUGAGCUCAGCAACCCGGUCAACAAAGCCCAGGACUCCUACAAGAUGGUGGUCAACUACGGUCCUGAGCAAGCGGUGGUGACCGGCGAAGGUGCCAUCGAGUUCGACGACCGCGUGACGCUCACAUGCUCUGCUGCCUCCGUCCCGCCCGCCAACUUCACCUGGAAGUUCAACGGAACGCUGACCAACGUCAAGACGGCCACGUACUCCAUCGAGAAGGCCGUUUACAAAAACUCUGGGACGUACAUGUGCCAGGCGCACAACGCCAUCACCGGCAAGAUGACCACGUCCACCCACAACCUGUCCGUCAAAGAGGAAGGAGCUUUAGACGGCCUCUCAGACGGAGCCAUCGCCGGAAUCGUCAUCGGCGUCCUCAUCGCUCUCGCUCUCGCCAUCGGGUUGAUCAUAUACUGCAGACAGAAAGUACCGGUCGAGUCGCCGUACUAAAGAAGUUCCUGCUGGAGGUGCCGGCCCAAAACAUCCCACCAUUUUGUUUCCCAUGAUCCACCUGUGCAGCUGGGAGGCGUGUCCAGUUGGACCCGGCUGGUUUCCUGUGAACCUCGACCUGAACCGGCGUUCCCAUCAUGCCCCUCUCUCGACCAGUUUGGAUUAUCAGAUGGACUCUUUAAAGUUUGUUUGUUUUUCACCGUCACCGUGAA